ACGUGUUCACUAGCAGUUCCUCCUUGGCUGGAGUGUUUUGAGCACGCGGGUUUAGGUAACGGUACUCAGAGAAACCCAAAGAGUUUAUUACAGAGCUACGACGUGUUUUUGAAGUUUCUUUUAUUCACCUUCACUGUUGGUCCUUGUCAUUAAAGAAAAGUUAAACUGACUGCGAUAUGUCAGCAGGACCAGUGAUGCCAAUGCAUGUCCCCAAGGAGAUAAAUAGCGUUUCACAAGAUCAUUAUGGGUACAGCCUCAUCUUUAGUAAGUCCUGGAGAUGUGAUCGAGGAUGGGUAUGGGGCUGAGGGUGGAGAAGCGUGUGAGAUUCCCGUGGAAGUAAAGCCAAAGGCACGAUUGGUACGCAGCUCAUUCCGACGUGGCCCACGGGUCAUCGGUGCCAGUUUCAAAUCCACAGGCUCUGUGGAACUGGAGUAUGCUGCUGAAUAUGAGCGCCUUCGGAAGGACUAUGAGAUCUUCCGAGUAAGCAAGAACAACGAGAUAGGAGCUAUGCAGAAGAAAGAGGCCAAGCUGGACGAAGAGAACAAGAGGCUACGGGCCGAGUUGCAGGCCUUGCAAAAGACGUACCAGAAGAUUCUCAGGGAGAAGGAAAGUGCUUUGGAAGCAAAAUACCAGGCCAUGGAGAGAGCAGCCACCUUUGAACAUGAUCGAGAUAAAGUGAAACGACAAUUUAAGAUCUUCCGUGAGACAAAAGAAAAGGAAAUUCAGGAUUUGUUAAGGGCAAAGCGUGACCUGGAGUCCAAACUGCAGCAGCUACAGGCUCAGGGUAUCCAGCUAUACGAGCCUCUUGACUCUGACUCCGAUGACAACCACACAAGUGUCACAACUUCAGGGACUCGGUGCGAAUAUUGGAAUGGAGGCAUUCUGGGUAGUGAGCCUUCCAUGGGGAGUAUGAUGCAGUUGCAGCAGGGUCACAGAGGGCCAGAGUUUGCCCACAGUCUCAUCGAUGUUGAGGGGCCAUUCGCUAAUGUCAGCAGAGAUGAUUGGGAUGCAGCAGUGGCCAGUCUGCUGCAGGUUUCUCCUCAUGUGUCUCAGGCUUUAUGGAGUAACACAGUCCGCUGUCACUUCAUCUACACCCAAGAGACCAGAGCAGAGCUCCAUUGCUUUAUAGAGAAUUAUUCUCCUGAUUUGAAGAAGUUUUGUGAGAGUUUGGGCCAUUUCUACUUAACUGUGUGUUUCCCUGAGGAAAAAGCUUCUCUUUACGCUAGUGAGCGUCAGCUGGAGCUCGAAAGGAGCUCAGUGUGUAUCCUGCUACUUAAGUCCUCAGUGUCCAGUUGUGUAAUGGAAGAUGUGGAGGAGGCAUUUGUACGCACUCCAGACUCUCGUCCUUUGCUGCUUUACCUAAAUAUGGGUGAAAAGAAGGAGUCUGAGGGGGUUUCCUGUCUGAGCUCGGCCACCAGAGACCUGCUGGAAAAAGUGAACAAUGCUGACAAGGCCGCUAAGGUUAAGGUGGUGGACCACUCAGGCUCUGCAGAAGAGGGAGCCGCACUUAUUUAUGCCCAGCUAGAAAAGAUUAUAAAGCAGGAACUUUUGGGGUUGGAGCUGGAGGACAGCACAGGACUGGAGGACAGAGAAGAAUCAGAUUCUGGUGAUGUGCUGUGGGAUUUACAUGAUGAACAGGAGCAGACUGAGGCCUACCAGCAGAUUUGCAGCUCUUCAGCUAGUCACAGCUUUCAGAAGUACAUUGAUCACCUGAAUGAUAUGGUUGCUGCUCCACCCCCCACUCCUCCUUUAUUAGUGUCAGGAGGACCAGGCUCUGGCAAAUCUCUCCUCCUUGCUAAAUGGAUAGAGCUACAGCAGAAGCACUCCCCCAACACACUGAUCCUCUAUCACUUUGUGGGUCCUGCUCUAUCCACCAGCGCAGAGCCGGUCCUCAUCAUCAAACGCCUCACUGUGAAGCUAUUGCAGCAUUUCUGGUCGCUCUCAGGCUUGUCCAUGGACCCCUGUAAGAUCCUGGAGGAAUUUCCUCGCUGGUUGGAGAGACUGUCCUCACGCCAUCAUGGCAACAUCAUUAUUGUCAUUGACUCUAUUGACCAAAUCCAAAAUUCAGAGCGACAUAUGAAGUGGCUGAUUGAUCCACUUCCGGCUAACGUCAGAGUUCUGGUGUCUGUCAACGUCGAGUCAUGCCCGCAGGCUUGGAGGCUGUGGCCCACUUUACACCUGGACCCUCUCAAUCCACGUGAAGUGAAAAAUGUCCUUACCACAUCAUGUGUGAACACUGACAUAAAGUUUACAAUAGAGCAGGAGAAGAAGUUAGAAAGACACUGCCGUUCUGCUUCCACUUGCAAUGCGCUUUACGUGUCACUGCUGGCCCGGCUUCUCACCCACAUUAGAUCAUCCUGGACACUGGACAGAACACUACAACAGAGUGUGUCAUGUCAGGACACAGUGGCUUUGUACAGAUUCAGCCUGAACCUGGGACUGGAUUCGCUCAGCUCGGACAAAGAGAGGCACGUCAUGAGAGAAUUACUGUGCCUGCUCUGUGCCAGUCAUAAUGGCGUUAGUGAAUCUGAACUCUUGGAUAUUUUUCCAGAGCUGAAUUUCCCAGGGCUCUCGUCUCUGCUCUGCAGUCUGCAGAAACUCUUUAUCACCACCUUUAGCUGUGGCCUUGUCCGCUUUCAGCACCCUCAGGCAUGUGAGGCUGUGUUACAGGAGUUCCUCAAUGGAGGGAAAUGUUGCUCACUGUACAGAGAGAAACUUAUUCAUUAUUUUAACCAGAAGCUUAGUGAGAAUACAGUGACGUGGCGUGUUGCUGAUGAGUUGCCAUGGUUGCUGCAGCAGCAGGGGGAUAAGUGUAAACUACAGCUCAGUCUGCUCAACCUGUUUGUCUCCCAGAAUCUCUACAAGAGGGGUCAUUUCUCAGAGCUGCUGGCAUACUGGCAGUUUGUAGGGAAGGAUAAAUUGUCCAUGGCAGCUGAAUACUGUGUUGCUCUGAAGGAGUUUGAGCGGAAUUGUGAGAGUGAGGAAAGCAUGAGCAGACUGGCUAACCUGUAUGAGACCCUUGGGCGAUUCCUUAAAGACCUCGGGCUCCUCAGCCAGGCCGUUGCUCCCCUGCAGCGUUCUCUAGAGAUUCGUGAGACGGCUCUGGAUCCAGAUCACCCCAGUGUGGCACAGUCACUGCACCAGCUGGCUGGAGUUUAUGUCCACUGGAAGAAGUUUGGCAAUGCAGAGCAGCUGUACAAGCAGGCGCUGGAGAUCAGUGAGAAUGCGUAUGGAAGCGAGCACUCAAGUGUGGCAAGAGAACUCGACUCGCUCUCACUCCUCUACCAAAAACAAAACAAGUAUGAGCAGGCUGAGAAGCUGCAUAAGAGAUCAGUGAAGAUCUGGCAGAAAAUGGCUCGGCAAAAAGGCCACAUGUACGGGUUCACUCUGUUGCGGCGCAGAGCGCUGCAGUUGGAGGAGUUAACUCUCAGUAAAGACUCAGCCGAUUGUGCCAAGACACUCAAUGAACUUGGUGUCCUCUACUACCUUCAGAACAACCUCGACGCAGCGAAGGUGUUCUUGAUGCGUUCAUUGGAGAUGCGGCAGCGUGUGCUGGGCGCUGAUCACCCGGACUGUGCUCAGUCUCUGAAUAACCUGGCUGCACUGCACUGCGAGAGGCGGGACUACGAGAGCGCUGAGCAGCUGUAUGAAAAAGCACUGGAAAUCCGCAAACGAGCCCUCGCUCCAGACCACCCAUCUCUCGCCUACACCCUCAAGCAUCUUGCCAUGCUCUAUAAACGCAGGGGGAAGAUGGAGAAGGCAGUGCCUCUCUACGAGUUGGCUCUUGAGAUUCGAGUGAAGAGCUUUGGUCCUAAACACCCAAGUGUGGCUACAGCUCUUGUUAACCUUGGUGUGCUCUACUGCCAGCUGAAGAAGCACACCGAGGCAUUACCACUGUAUGAGCGGGCUCUCAGGGUGUAUGAGGACAGCCUCGGGCGACUGCACCCUCGAGUAGGAGAGACUCUAAAGAAUCUGGCCGUGCUCAGCUAUGAGGAAGGGGACUUUGAGAAAGCCGCUGAGCUCUACAAACGAGCCAUGGAGAUUAAGGAAGCCGAAACCUCUUUGGUGUGCGAGAAAGCGGCUUCUCCUCACUCAUCCAGCAGUGACACAUUGAGCUUGCAAAGCCCCACCCUUCUACCUCAAACUCCCCGAUGACCUCUGGUGAACUCUGACACCUCCAUCUUUCCUCAUUCUCGCCAGGCAAAAUUGACUUGUGCAAUAAACCAAAGCAAAGUACUGGUCCAAUAAAUAACACUAGUGUCUAAUGGGAACUAAAUGGACAUUUCUGUUGUGUCAUGUAUUGGAUUUUGCCAGUCCUGCUUUCUCCUCAGAUAAUAUCAUUUUUAAAACCUUGUUAUACAGAGAUGGUAUUUUCUGUCUUGUCAAAAAUAAAUUAAAAUUAAUCUGUGA